AUGAAUAGUUGGAUUGCUUCAGAGACCUACAAAGUAUGCUGUGGGUGCAAGGAAGGCUGCGAAUGUGGGCGUAUGACUGUGGGCAUGUCUUGUGUAUGGACAGGGGAGUGCAAGGGCCGAAGCAGGACAGAAGUUGACGUGGAACACUGGCCCGUGAACGUGGCCAUCAAAACACCAGACGUCCCCGGAGCAACUUUUAGACUCAUUCUCAGCCAGGGGCGCGUUCCCGUGGCCAAUCUCACCUUCACGCAUUCAUCUUCGCACAACGACAUAGUGAUGAUGAACCUGGAAAUAAAGUUCCAGCAAACGCGAGCUUCCUCUCUCCUGGUUUUCUUCGCGUCCAACACCUGGAACACCGUCGUCCUCGACUGGCAGAGGAAGACCUCGAAGCUGAUGCUCUCGCUCUCGGCCUCGGCGGGAAGAGUCAGUUACUCGAUCGACUCGGUUUUCGACGUCGAUCUCAGUCAGGUGGAUCAUGUGGCAGCCUCUUGCAUUAGGACCUGCGUGGUCGAUGUCGAUCUGGAAUGCCUCGCUGGGUCUCCGGCGAACGAGGUGGCGUCGCGCCUGAUCCCUACGGAGCCGCACAGCCACGUGGGAGCAACCAGCAGUAUCACAUGGGCAGUUGUGGUGCUCUUCGUGUUCAUAGGCGUCGCGGUGGUGCUGUUCCUGGCCUGGUGCCACCAGCACAACAAGGUUAAGAUCCAGGCUCACGACGUCACCGCGCGGAAGAGGAACACGGAGAGCAUGAUCAGCAAUGGCACUGACGUGACUCAGAUCAGCGUGGCUCAGCCGAGGCUGCAGUACUCUUCCAUCCUCAUGAGUUAUGACGGCCCUUACAGCGGAAGUGAUGAGGAGUCGUCGCAAGGCGCCGCGUGUGGCGGUGCGCUUCCCAAGACGAGGAAUGACUAUCAUCGGAGCGGCCAGGCUUGCCUCUCGUGAUGACCAGUGUGAUGGCUGUUCUGCGGAAGAGAGAUCUGCUUCGUGUGUGCAUGCAAAUGUGUUCGAGCGUUUGUUAUACAAACAAUAUAUUCCAUAAAAUCAUUCUGUAUCUUGCGUCUUCUUCGACGGACGUCAUUUAUGCAAUAACCAUUGAUAGAGCCAACACGAUCUAUUUGUGUGAUAUAAAUGUCAUUGAAAGUAUCUUUCGCAUUUUUGCUCAUAUAAUGUAAGGACACUUUCACAGUACAAUUUUUGUUUAUGACCAUUUCAGUUUAAGAAUACUGAAAUGCAAUAUGAAGUGGAGAUAUAUACACAUUAUAUCAUUCCACUGUCGUAACAAAUAAUGAAAACAGGCUUUGAAUUUCUCAAUAUUUGAGAACAUGUAAACUUCAUAACACAGAAAUGAAUUUCACAUAGCUGCUGAUCAGUGAUCAUGCUAAUAACCGGUUCGCAGAGUCGGACAUGUACCGGGACGGACUCGAAAAGAUGGCUGUGGCGCAGCGAAGAGGCGCGGAAGUGCAAGUGUAAUGUCAAGGAAGAAUAAUUUAAUGUUCGAAUAUCGAAUAUGUCGUAUCUCGACGGUCCUAGGCAUGCAUGUGUAUUUUCGGUAUUCAUAUUGCACAGUUUCAAAGUGCUUACACGCAUAUAUGGUUUCACAUAUACACCUUACAUAUCUAUAUCGAUUUAUCUAUUUAUCUACAUAGAUAGACAGAUAUACAUACAUAUAAUUGCAUAUAUAUAUAUGUGUGUG